UCGACUUCUCAAGUUGAAGAUGUCUGGAUGUAGACUUCUGGAUUUUUCUUUCACUUCACGUUCUAGAUUCCUUUCCUACCUGUAUAUACCAAAAGCACCCACAGGAAGCAAAGCACCCCCCACCCGCUCCCCAAAAGGCCUGCCUGUAGAACAUUUGUACCCUACAAAAGAGAGCAAGAGUGAACUUUCGCUGAAUGUGGUCAUUGGUUUGCAUGCCACUCGCGCUUUAUCUGGCCGGACAGUGGUCCCUGAGGAGGUAGACCUGGCACUCUCGGAAACGCGAAGCCCCCGGCCGGAGGGGCAGUGUCAUGGGCCGGCUUUGCAGCGGGUACUGGAUUGGCGUCCCGCCCCGCGCUCCUGCGUAAACACGCGGUUCCCUCGGCAACGCUCUGAACCCACGUCAAAGGCUCCGCCGGGUCCCCAGAGACCGCCACCCCUCCGGCCGAGCCCAGCUCCCCGCAGCGGCCGCUAGCCCCCGGCCCUGAACCACCCCUCCGACCUAGAGGCCGCCGCCCCCGCUGCGGGAUGACCAGAUCCGCGGCCGCCACUGGGCCCCAUGGAGGAGCCGCCGCCGCCACCGGCCCGCUCACCAGCGAGCAUGGCCUUACUGGGCAGCCCGCACCCCGGCGCCCCCUCCGCGGCCGGCCCGCCUGGCGGGACUUCCUCCGCGGCCACGGCAGCCGUGGUCUCCUUCAGCACCGUGGCCUCCUUCAGCACCGUGGCGACCGCGGCGGCCGCGGCGCUGGGGAACCUGAGCGACGCAAGCGGAGGCGGCACAGCUGCCGCUCCCGGUGGCGGCGGCCUUGGCGGGUCCGGGGCAGCGCGGGAGGCGGGGGCGGCGGUGAGGCAGCUCCUGAGCUCGGAGGCGGCGCCGCUGCUGUCGCACGGAGCUGCGGUGGCGGCCCAGGCGCUCGUCCUCUUGCUCAUCUUCCUGCUGUCUAGCCUGGGCAACUGCGCGGUGAUGGGGGUGAUCGUGAAGCACCGGCAGCUCCGCACCGUCACCAACGCCUUCAUCCUGUCGCUGUCCCUAUCGGAUCUGCUCACGGCGCUGCUCUGCCUGCCCGCCGCCUUCCUGGACCUCUUCACGCCGCCCGGAGGCUCGGCGCCUGCCGCCGCCGCGGGGCCCUGGCGCGGCUUCUGCGCCGCCAGCCGCUUCUUCAGCUCGUGCUUCGGCAUCGUGUCCACGCUCAGCGUGGCGCUCAUCUCGUUGGACCGCUACUGCGCCAUCGUGCGGCCGCCGCGGGAGAAGAUCGGCCGCCACCGCGCUCUGCAGCUGCUGGCGGGCGCCUGGCUGGCGGCCCUGGGCUUCUCCUUGCCCUGGGAGCUGCUUGGGGCGCCCCGGGAACUCGCGGCGGCGCAGAGCUUCCACAGCUGCCUCUACCGGACCUCUCCGGAUCCCGCGCAGCUGGGCGCGGCCUUCAGCGUGGGGCUGGUGGUGGCUUGCUAUCUGCUGCCCUUCCUGCUCAUGUGCUUCUGCCACUACCACAUCUGCAAGACCGUGCGCCUGUCGGACGUGCGCGUGCGGCCCGUGAACACCUACGCGCGCGUGCUGCGCUUCUUCAGUGAGGUGCGCACGGCCACCACCGUGCUCAUCAUGAUCGUCUUAGUCAUCUGCUGCUGGGGGCCCUACUGCUUCCUGGUGCUGCUGGCAGCCGCCCGGCAGGCCCAGACAGUGCAGGCCCCCUCGCUCCUCAACGUGGUGGCGGUCUGGCUGACCUGGGCCAAUGGGGCCAUCAACCCUGUCAUCUACGCCAUCCGCAAUCCCAACAUUUCGAUGCUCCUAGGGCGCAACCGCGAGGAGGGCUACCGGACUAGGAAUGUGGACGCUUUCCUGCCUAGCCAGGGCCCGGGUCUGCAAGCCAGAAGCCGCAAUCGCCUUCGAAACCGCUAUGCCAACCGGCUGGGGGCCUGCAGCAGGGUGUCCUCUUCCAACCCGGCCAGUGGAGUGGGAGGGGACAUGGCCAUGUGGGCCCGCAAAAAUCCGGUUGUACUUUUCUGCCGAGAGGGUCCACCAGAGCCUGUGACGGCAGCGACCAAACAGCCUAAAUCUGAAACUGGGGAUACUAGCCUCUAAGACGGUUGGGAUGGCCAGCUUAUGAAGGCAAAUUUCCACUCGCAUUAUUUAAUGAUGGAAGAUUCUGGGGGAGAGUCGUGGAUUUCAUAAAACCAAACAUUUAAAGCUGGAGACGGGGGAGGCUUACCACUUUCCCCAAACAACAUAAAAAAACAAUGUCCCUUCUUCAAAAGUGCCAAAAGGAAUGUAAAAUGCAAAAAUUAAAACAAUCUUAAACCACAUAACCAAGCAUUGUGAACUGUAAGUGCCAAAAAUGACAAAAAUAACAUUCACUAUAACUGAAAAGCUCAUAUUACAGGACAACACUGUGAAACAAACAAAACAUUGAAUGCAGCUAGUAUUGUUCAACUACAUAGAAUUUCAGGAAUGAAUGGAGACCCUCAGAGCUGCUUGAAAGCCCCUCUAAAUCGCUAGCAUCCAACAAAACUGUAGUUUCUAGAGCUUGCACCCCUGACAUGCCUUGGGUGGUUAGAUUGCUAGUGGAAAAGUCUUAUCCUUACACACAUUGGUGCACUUCCUCACCCCGCCCCCAAUAACCUUUGUGGAAAAUUGUUAAUUCAUUUAACCCAUUUAAAAUCAUUUUAGGAUUUUGAAAAAGUGGUUAUUAUUAGAUAAAAUUCAACCAUCUGAAGGACAAGUAGAAGUAUGAGCAUAAAUGUGUUUUAAAAAUGUUUUCCAAGAUUAUAUGUAAAAAUUAACAUUCCUUCCACCCGCAUCAUCUCUCCAAAAUGAUCUUCCUUGGAAAACUUUGAAGCUUUAUCCUUACUCUAACAUGCUACUUUUAUUUCCGAUAAAUUUUGGGAUGCUGCUCAGAAGUCUUUUGAGGUAAAUUUGAUUUUUGGAUAUAGCCAAAAAUGUAAUUUGAAGUCAAGUUGAUUGAAUAAGGUGAGUCAUGCCACUUCAUUUAAAUUAUUAUUAUUUUUUUAAAUGAGACCUCUAUAAAGCCACAAGGUUGGGUUUCCUAUGUGGCUUUUAGUUAACUGAAAAUGAUUCCAAAGAGAAAUUCUGUAACUAUUUUGAGAAGCAGCCUCUUGGAAUUAGCAUAGACUUUUCCAAGAAGAUCAUACUCUUCUACAUUUAGAAAUUUGGUGUAUUUUGUGUUUUUUAAAAUAGCUGAUGGUUGCUUUAUAGCUAUAACUUGUCGAAGAUAAUGUAGUAUUAAAGGGAGAAUAGGUGUGGGACUAUAUGGAACCGGGUAUUAAAAACACAGGCAUAAAGUUGGAGAAGAACUUCAAGCAAACUGAAAAUAUCUUUAGAAAUAUGCAAAUCAAAGAUGCUUUUUAAAUUUCUAUCCUAGCAAAAAAGAUGGUUUUACAAUAAUUCAAAAACAUAAUUCAGGAUUUGUGUAGGUGAACUUUCUAAUGUUAAAUACAACUAUACACAGGAUCAUUUACUCAGAAUUUUAAAAAAUGUUAUUUUUCCCUCUUUCUUUCCCUCCAUCCUGCCCCUCUUUUCUUCAAUAUUUCAUAGCCUUAAUUGAACAAGUUAUUUACAGUAGAUGUGAAAAGACAUUAGCUGUCAUAUGAAGAUUUCAAUGUGAAAUAGCCAGCAUUUUCUUCCUGUAAAGUAUUUAAAUAUGUUUUUAAGUAUUUCUUUGUUUGACAGGUGGGUGCAUGUCAUUAUUUUGUAAUCAAAGGUGGAAAUAUAUGAUUCAUGUCAGAGCUAAA